ACCCUCCAAUUAUUGGAUGGGUAGGGUAGCAUUUUUUCGAUCACUAACUCGAAUUUGGCUGCUCUGUUCCACUCCGUGUUCUUUGAUAAUACCGUGUUCUCUCUUGCUUUCGCAAAGCCAGAGAAGCUUUCUUUCUGGGCCAUCAACAUGUCGACCGGACUGACUAUCGGCGGCUGGUUCGCACAAGCCUUCAUCCAAACUCUCGCCGACAAGGCCAGCUCCUACUUCCUCCAGCACUCCUGGCAGAGCUACGAUCUCGCGCACGACCUCAGGCAGCUGAGCUCCUCGCUCAAGAAGGCGCGCGCCGUCCUAUGCCGUGCCGAGCGAAAGGGGACUGCCAAUAUGCACGAUGACUUGGCGACGCUGGCCGCGGAACUCAGAGGCGCGGUCUACGACGCCGAGGACUUGCUCGGCGACCUUGACUACGAAACCCUGAGUCGGAAGAUCGAAGGAGGCGAGGCAGUUGACUCGCCAACCUCCUCUCCGUCUUCUCUUGCAGACAUUUUCAGCCUCGGCAACGGUGAUAUCGAGUUCAUAUUGAGGGAAGUUGGAGACAGGCUGGGUCAAGCUGCUAAAAAACUGGAGGACUUCCUGAACUCAGAGCACGACCAGAUGCUGCCUGUCGAGAGGGAGAGGGAGACGAGUUCCUUCUUGACCGUGCCUAAAGUGUUCGGCAGGGAAGACAAGAAGAAGGCUAUUAUAGAACUGCUGCUGCCUGGAUCCGGCGGCGCCAGUGUCACGCCCCGGGACCCAGCGGAAGCCAGCUUCUCUGUUCUGCCUAUAAUCGGCGCGGUAGGAGUGGGGAAGACUACUUUGGCUCAGUAUGUCUACAACGACCCGAGGGUGAGUGAACACUUUAACCUGAAAAUGUGGGUGUGUGUCUCUCACUCCUUUGAUGUGAAACGGCUGACUAAGCAGAUGAUAGAGUCUGCAACCGGCAAGAUGCAAGAUGAUCUUAGCUUGGACUCUCUUCAAGUGAUCCUGCAGAGGAAGGUGAUGACAAGUAGGAGGUUCCUACUUGUCCUCGAUGAUGUAAGGAGGGAGGAUGACAGUGAGGAAUGGCAGAAGCUUUGUGCCCCGUUAAGGCAGGGGCACCAAGGAAGCAUGAUCUUGGUGACUGCUCGCUCUCGAAGGGUUGCCGACGUAAUGGGCACAAUGGAACCAAUCCAUCUGCAGAGUUUGUCUGAUGAUGAUUGCUGGAAGUUCCUCAAGUCGCGUGCAUUUGGUCCUGAGGCAGUUCCUUCCGAUUUAGAGGCCGUUGGUACUAGUAUGGCUGCCAAGCUGAAGGGAUCGCCAUCAGCUGUGAUAUCUCUAGCAGGCCAGUUGAGCCGGUUGAGCCGGUUGAACGGGAGAACAAGUGUUGGAGACUGGCGGAGGAUCAUGAAUACAGAAAUGUGGGAAUCACAACAGGAUGGCAUUAUGGAGCCCUUCCUAUCGAGCUAUCAAUAUUUGCCAGGCCACCUAAAGCAAUGUUUCUCAUUUUGUUCCAUCUUUCCCAAACAGUAUCCAUUCAAUCAACGUGAACUGGUCGGUGUUUGGAUGGCACAAGGCUUCAUUGCACCUCAAGAAAAUACACAAAUGGAAGAUGUAGGAACUAGAUAUUUGCACGAUUUGAUAGACAAAUUUUUCUUUGAGUAUACUCAACGGGACCAUCGACAAUAUAUAAUCCCUGAUUUGAUGCAUGAGCUGGCACACUUGAUUUCCAGGAAGGAAUGUUUCAUGCUGCAAGACAAACGCCAUCAUGGAAUGCCCUCUACAAUUCGCCAUCUUUCGGUAUGUGCGGAAAAUAUGGAACUGAAUAAAUUAAACAUAGGCCGCAAUAGUAAAUUGAGAUCGCUUUUGAUUUUUAAAAAUAUUAUGCCAAAUUUGAAUCUAGCAAUUAAUCACUGGUUCGAUCAGUUCAAAUAUAUCCGCUUGUUAAAUUUGAGAUAUUGUAAGAUUGAUGAGCUGCCUAAGAGUAUUGGCAACUUAAAACAUCUUCGGUAUCUCGAUAUAUCUUCGACCCGUAUUAAAAAAUUGCCUGAGAUGCUGUGUGUCCUUUAUAAUCUACAAGUUUUGAAUAUAUGGGGGUGUUCACUUGAGAGUUUUCCUGAAGGUUUUACAAAGUUAAUUAACCUACGAUAUCUUGAUGUUGGAGUAAAUUUGAUUUCCAAGAUAACUAAGAUUGGGAGGCUGACUUCUCUUCAAGAGUUGCAGCAGUUCCAAGUCCUAAAGAAGGAUGGGCAUAGGAUUGGUGAAUUGAAAGAUUUGUCACAACUUCGGAAAAGACUGCAUAUUAAGAAUCUCGAGAAUAUCGAGUCUGAAGGAGAUGCUUGUCAAGCUAAGUUGGAUAAUAAGGAGUACAUGGAUGAGUUAUUUCUUGAAUGGUCUCCCAAUGGAAGUAACUUUGCCUUUGAUACGAAAGUACUUGAAGACCUCCGACCACAUCAAAAUCUCAAACAACUAGAAAUUAAACACUACGGUGGUGAUAGAUCUCCUAGUUGGCUGGACAGAAAUUUGUUACCUUAUAUAAGUAAGCUCCACAUUGAAAAUUGCCCUAAUCUCAAGGAUAUACCCUGCCUUCCUCCUGUUCUCACAGAAUUGAGAUUGGUAGACUUGGGUCUGGACACACUUCCUUGUCUGUGGGAUGAAGGUUCAAGUGGUGUAGGUAGUAGUAGUCACGGCAAUGGCAGCAUUAAGAGCUCAUCGCUCUCGAAGUUACAUGUUGAACGGUUCCCACGAUUAACGAGUCUUGAGCGGUGGCUGUUGCCACUCUACCUUCCAGUAAUCAAAUCUAUCCAAAUCAUAGAUUGUGAAGAACUACUGUCAGUACGACCGGAAAGAUUUGAGAGUUUUGUUCAUCUUGAAGACUUGAAUAUAAGUAAUUGUCCUAAGCUCACCAGCAAGGAGAAACUCGGUUUACCCCUUUCCAUUAAAAGAUUUAUGCUUGAUGCAUGCGGUGAUCUCGACAAAUCACUUCCCACUUGCCUAGAAAGCCUUACAUCUCUCACUGUCGUGAAACUAUGUAGGUGUCAGCACAUUGUUUACCUUCCACAAAGGAUAUUGGGUGAACUAACAUCUCUCGAAUCUUUGUAUAUUUUGGAUUGUCCAGAAAUACUCUCGUUGGGGGGUUUAGAGGCACUCACAUCUCUCAAAAAUCUGACUAUCUUAAAAUGUCGUGUCAUUCAAAUAUGUGAGCUGGUGAUGUCUAAUGACGCAGUGAAUAGAGAGCGAAUGAUGCUACAAGAGUUGGAAAUUGAUGAGACUACCAGUUACAAGCUAUCAUUUUUAUGUAACUUACAACUUUCCUCCUUUGCACUUGUUAUAUCGGAAUCUGCUGAAUCUGAAUUGUUUGUUGGAGAGGAGGCGGACUGGCUGCGAAUCCUCAGAUCAGUAGAAAAAUUAUGGUUUAAAAAAUGUACCAAUCUUCAAUCACUGCCAAUCUGGUUGUCUAGCCUGACUUCCCUAAAAAAGUUAUGGAUAACUGAUUGUCCUAAUAUUAACUCACCGCUGGACAAUGCCCUGCGCACCUCUCUGGGAGAUGGCUUAUAUGUCAACAGUUGUGGUCCAAUACUUAUGGGGUAGUCGUAACGACGAAAGCACUGAUUACCCUUCAGCGUUGAUUUCAGAGACUACAAACUGUUUUUGAUAGCUUCUUGUUAACAUUUGUUAUGGGGUGAAGAUACCUUGAAACCUGGAAGAUAAUUCUUGCUGGGGUAGUUGCUGUUCUCAGGAUUCAUAAUAUCUGGAUAAUGUGGGCGACUUUCUUACUUGAUAGAAGCCUUCUAUAACCAUCAUCAACCAAACUCUUAAAUGCCUCUUGAGGAAACAAUAGGAUGUAUGCUGUAUAAGUUAUUCAGACAUCCAGAUAGGCCCUAAAGGGAGGAUAACCAUCUAUGUGAUUAAAUUACUCGGUAAAAUUUGCUGGUAUUGUAUCUUUACUUUUACUCAUUUGAUCCACUUGCAGUGCGCUUAUGUCCAUCUUCUAUCUAUACAAGAUCAUGACCGGCGAAAAUCAAAUCCCUGAAAAAGCAGAGCGAGCAUCUUCUAAUGAAAACAGAGUGUUAUAUUGGCAUUCAGGAAUUGUAGUGCAUACUUCAGGUUGGAAAAACAAGGGGACUUUUACCGAGAUGUUGUUUUUGAUCUUAUGAAAUUGUUGUUACGAAAACAAAGGGAAUUUUCACGAACUUACUGUUAUUAAUCCGACUCUGUUAUUCCAUUGUAUGCUUUUUGAUUAUUGUUGCCCUUCGCUGGAAAAUUCGUCAAGUUUCUCAUUGUCCAAACUACUGUCUAACAUUUAAGUUUGUUAUUAUAUUAUUUCGACGGAGCAUUAUCAUUUUA